AUGCCACAAUCCUAUCACCUCCAACAAAAGGCGUCACCGAGACCUGCACGUCCGAAGCGGAAGCGCAAACCGUUGUUAGACCUCAAUGAAAAUGCAGAGCGAUUGGUUGGCAGGCUAGAUACUGGCAUUGCAGGCACGGUUGUCAAAUCUGGACAUGAUGCAGUUGUUGCUGAGCUUGACCGACUACAAAAGGGUCUACGAUCAAAAGAGGUCAGUCAUGAACGGUACAAGCAGCUGGUGAAGAAUUUGGACGAGGCAUUCUUGACGCCACAGUUGCGGGCCUAUCUUCGGCAACGAGCGCCUGGUGCCGGCACCGUCAAGUAUUCAGACAGUCCAAAACAGCAAGUGAUUCAUCGCUUACUAAGGGAAGCAUGGAAACUUCAAGUUGAAGACGACAUUGAAGGCGAUCUUGUCGUCACACGCGAGCUCAAUGUGUCCAACAAGGAUCUUUUCUUCAUGUUUAAUGGCGAUGGACGCAUGCUGCAGUCUUGGGCUCGCUCUUGUCAUGUUUCUUUGCGUGUUGAUGUCGAGCAAGGCGUCAUUCAUGUGACAGGUCCCGAGCGAAACUUUAAAAAGCUCUUUGCGAGUGUAUCCAAGGCAAUGGGCUCAGUCAAUGACCAGCUCAUUUCUGCGUCCAUUUACAGUCACUUCGACUUGGACAUAGAUGGCAACGCCGUGAUGCCGGUUGUCAAGUGCUUCAUCGAACGUCCGGAUGCAUCCCGCCCGGAUCAGCUCCUCAUCACUUGGCUCGGCGGCAAGACGAAUGCUCUCAACAAUGCCAAGCGCUACAUACUAGCCGCUUGUCAGCGCAGAGUAGCGUUAGCCAGUGCCGUUCCAGAAUACCAGGAAGCUACAAUUGAGGAAGUUAUUCAGCGACCUGUAGGCGAGGCUGAACUUGGCCUCCUUGAUCGGGGUGAUGACUGGACGCGAGGCCACACUCGUGUUGAAGGAUUGCGAUUGCCAGAGUACGUGAUGACUGCUGCUGAUACCAAUCCCGUUUUUGCCAAUACAUUGCCGAGGACGCAUUUCCUCCGGCGCCCGGAUCUGGCAGAGUGGACGCCAUUCGAGGGCGAGUCAUCAAGAUCUCUGGAAGACAUCAUGAAGAGCUUGGAAGCACUAGAAUCGAAUCAUGUCGAGGUGACUUUAGGCCAUGCACUCAAUCAAGUGAAUGGCACCGGCCAAACCUUCACUGCCGACAUUGCCGGACUCUUUGGCAUCAUUCGACAACUUCAAGGCCUGGGUGGCAAUGCUGCAAUCGGUCAGACAGUAUACAAGCUAUCGUUGACGCGCGAUGAAGAGGACGCGUCGCAGCAAGCAGGAAAUGACGAGCUCCUGCUCUACAUUCCAGUUUUGCAACCAAAUCUGCGCGACGAACCAAUGUAUCGCGCUUCCAUGCAAACAGUGGACACGUUUGUGGUGCUCAAAUGUCCUGGUCGUCCCACGGAUCUUCAAGCACGAGCCUUUAGUGUUCAGAACAUUCCUUCGCACGAAGCCAUUAAAGACUUCAUCUCUUCGAGCGUCUUUCCAAGUCGCCAGCGCGACGGCUUCCGAAUCAAACCUGUGCUACAACUAGGCAACGAUCGCUGGAACUUCAUCAAAGCUGAGGUAGCGUCGUCUCUUCACUUUUCUGUGCCGACUGCAAGCAAGUUUCGUGAAGGCCCCGUGAGCGAAAGCGAUGUUCAAGCGCGGAUCAAUCUUGAUUCAAAGUGGUAUGCUGAGGGCAACGCAAACUUGUUGCUGGGUGAGAGCGAGACACAACCCAAGGAGCCUCGUUUACACUUGGUAUGGAGUACCAUUGAUGGAGGUGUCUUGACUGGCAAGCGGCAGGAGCUCAAGAUUGUACUGGACAAACGGCGUGCAGGAGAAAAUGAGCCCAGCUUGGUACAGGCUGUGGCUCGUGUCGUCAAUUUACUCAAGUAG